GUUUCACCGCGAGCUUGCGCGCGUCUUCACUUUUCGAAUCGGAACCGGACAUAAGUCACGAGAGUGCCGGAGAACGAGGACUAAUAGUAGAGGAGCAGUAUGAUUCGAGAUCUAGUGUUAUUCACUCUGCUUGUCCAUGCUCAUGGAUACGUCUACCCAAAGAACUCCCACCACAAUCAGCACCAGCACCAACAUCACCACAGACCUGCGAGGCAAGGACCACCCCCACACCCCGCAAUGGCCAAGUACUACCAGGUGCCGAAAGGCCCCGGCGCACCCAAGUACCCACACCCACCCCCACCACAUUGGCAGAAUAGGGGUGCACCCCCUAACCACGGCCGCCCUGGGGGGAGCCCCGUGGGGCCCGCGCGUCCCGGCUACUACGGACCCCCGAAGAACGUAGUCCCCCGAUCGCCGCAGCCCUACCUCCACAAACCGCCAAACUUCAUCCCCUUGGGCAGCCACUACAAAUCCCCCGUGCCAAGCCACCGCCCCAAGGAGCCCGUCUACGCUCCCACGUACCACGCCCACCCUCCACCUCCACCCCAACCCCACUCCCGAUAUCACGACGACGAACGCGGACCGAUCAGAACCAUCCCCGCCCCCAACCUAAACCCCGCAGACAAAAACUCCCAACACUACGAUUACCCCUCAUCCGUACCGGAAGUGUCCCCCCACAUUCACGCCCAGACUGCUCACCUGGAAUCCUUCAACGGCUACCAAGUCACCGAGGACCCCAGCUUGCACAAACCCCACUCCGGCCAGGACUCCUACUUCGCACCAGACCCUGACCCCCACGUGCCGACCCUCAAGGUUCCCCCCACUACCGACCCUCACUCCCUCCCCAGCAACGGAAAACUACCCCUAGAUAUCGCGCUCCAGCAGGAGGUCGACCAGUCGAACCGCUUGACCGCGCAAGAGCUUUUCAACCUCAUGAACGGCUUCCACCCGGGUACCGGUGGGGUCAGCGUCGUCCCCCAGUACGUCCCCGCCCAAGCCUUCCCCCAGAUCUACCCCGCUCCGGCGAUAAUCAUGCCCGUGGUCGCGCAGAACCUCGACCUCCAGAAUCUGGAACCCCAAGCCAUGCCGAGCAACUUCAGCCCGCAAAUGGAGACCUUCAACUACGACGAGAGGACUCAGCAGGGCGCCCACGGAACCGACAGCUUCCCAGAGGCCAGCUCGAUCGACAUGCACCGCGAGAUGGAGAAGCAGGCCAGCCAGCGCGCCAAUUUUUUCGCCAAACCGGAGGAGAAAGCGGAGAAGAGCCGCUUCUACAACGCCAACAACGACAACUCCGGGGAGAACGAUGAAGGGGUGGCCAGCAACCAGGUUGACUUCGAGCCUGCAGAGCGGGCAGCCGCCAAGAAAGCCCAGAAGCUCCUGUCGAGUAAACACGGCGCGGAUACCUUGGCCACCCUAGCGCAGGUCCAGUCCUUGAGUAGCGAGGAGGACAGCCACGAAGAGCGAAAGACCACGCCCGAUUCAUCUCCUAUCUUGGACAUCGUCCGCGGGGAGGUUGUCGAAGACGAGUCAGAGAAGCCACCGCGAGAAAUCGUGGAGGAAACCAGGCCGGUGUUCAACCCGAGCCACUACCAGAACGCGUACAACUCCCAGUACAGCGAGGCCGAUCUCCAGAAGAACACAUCGAGGGAGGAGGCCAGCAAGACACGUGUCGUGGAGAUGGCCUACUCGUCCAAGAUCACCGGCGCCAAGGACUACGCGCAGAACCACAAGGAGGAGGCGGACAGCUCUUCCUCAGAGGAGGACUCCAAGGAGAGUCGAGAUGGCGGGAGCUCCAUGGAGAUCAUGGAGGCGACCGACUCUGGAGACGGAAUCAAAGUGAUCUCUCUGGAGACGAGUUAUAGCAGUAGUGAGCCCAAGCCGUUGAACUCCCAUUCGCAGCUUCCGUACGGAGCAAGGCUAAGGGUCAAGGAUUCGUGAAAGCUCAGCCCUUUUUUCUUGAAAAAGACGACUGAUUAAUUUAGUGUAAAUAGUCUCAAUGGUGCCAAAUGAGAGAAUGUGGUGCAAGAGAUCGGUCGGCCUGUCUAAAGAGUUUGAAUCCUUUGUCGGAAUCACUCUCUGAUUGGCGUGAGAAAUUAUGUGCUCUAUUGUACUGCCUUCGCCCUUCUCUCUCUUUUUAAAGGUGUCGCUCAAGUCUCUUUUAAAAUUUGGAAUCAGAUUUCAAAAAUAAUUUGAAUUUAAAGAUCUCUCGAAAGGAUUUACCAGGAUAAUAAAUCCUCAAAUGAGGGCCGUGUAAAAUAAACUGUAGACAAAAUGUGCUCCUCUAUACAUUUCCAGGGCCGGAUUUACCUAUAGGGCACUGGGGCACUUGCCCAUAGCGGCAAAUUUUGAGGGGCGGCAAAUUUUGGCACUGGAUUAAUUGAAAGUUAAAGCGAGAAAAAAGGAAAAAAUGGAGACAGAGACGGAGCGAAGUGAAAAAUGAGCGGCAAAAUGUAUGAAGGAAGGAAGUUGACGCUUGACGGGAGCGGCAAAGCUGCCGCCCCUCAGGUCCGGCCUUUGAGCGCUAGGAUGAUCCUUCGUUGGAGUGAUACUAAACAACACGGCAAUUUUAAACAUCGGGGCAGACUUGAUAAUCAAUUUAGACGUUGAUGCUCUGGUUGACAGCUUUGCUAAACUGAAAACCCGGAGAAAAAUUUUUUAACCUGAUUUUCCGAAAAUACAUUGCAACUAAUACAUUGAGCUACACUAGCUUCAAAUUUGUCUCCACAUUUUAUUUUUGUCUCAUCCAUCCAUUCCAUUUUAUAUAUUCGCGGCGCAUUUUGAAGCAGCUACGCGCACGC